AUGGACGCCCGCCUCCCCCUGCCCACACUGGCCCUCCCGCCCAUCCCAGACCCAACCGACUGGGACGCCACCGCCCUCCCACUCCUACACCCGCUGGACGCGGCGCUGCGCUGCCAGGUCUGCAAAGACUUCUUCACGGCGCCCGUGCUCACAAACUGCCAGCACACCUUCUGCUCCGAGUGCAUCCGGCGCGCGCUGCAGUCGGACCGCGUGUGCCCGCUGUGCCGCGCGCCCGAGCAGGAGUACCGGCUGCGCAAGAACCAGGUUGUCGCUGACCUGGUGGAUGCGUUUGUGGCGGCAAGGGCGGGCGUGUUGGCGCUGGCUAUGGGGGGUGGGGGUGUGAGGGGGGAGGAUGGCGGGGAGGAGGGGGGGAGGAGGAAGAGGAGGCGGUGUGUGGUGAGGGCGGAGAAGGAGGAGGAGGAGGAAUGGGAGGAGGGGAAGGAGGCGGAGGAGGAGGGGGCGGAGGAGGAGGAGGUUGUGGAGAUCCCGUCACCGGACGACGGCCUCGUCCCCUGCCCAUUAUGCAACAAGCGCCUCAAGCUCGAAUCCGUCAACCCGCACCUCGACAUCUGCCUCACCACCCCGCACACCCCCGCCCCCAGCGCCCUCCGCACCCCCGCCCCUAGCACCCUCCCCACCACCUCCUCCACCACCACCACCACCACCCACCGCCCCGCCCCCAUCCCAAAGAUAACCUACUCCCUCAUCAAAGAAAAAGACCUCCGCACCAAGCUCAGCGCCCUCGGCAUCCCCUCGACAGGCGGGCGCAAGGCGCUGCAGGAGCGCCACAGCGAGUGGGUGACCAUCUGGAACGCCAACAUUGACGCGAAGCGGCCGCGCAGCAAGACGGAGCUGCUGGCGGACCUGGCGGCCUGGGAGCGCGCGAAUGCGCGCCCGAGUAACCAGAUUGUGAAGGCGCGGUGGAGCGAUGAGCGGUGGGGGGAGGAGCAUAGGUCGCAGUAUAGGCGGCUGGUGGAGGAGGCACGGAUGAGGAGGGGGCCGGGGAAGGUGGAUGGUGAGGGUGAGGGGGAGGGGAAUGGGGAGGGUGAAAAUGGGGGGAAUAGAGAAGGUGGUGGGGGUGGUGUGAAUGGGCCGGUGGGUGAAAAUGGGGUGUUGACGAUGGUGACGGUGGGGAGGGGGGAGGUGCCGGAGGUGUUUGGCAAUGUGAUGGGAGGUCAGGACGUUAUGGGUGUGGAUCCGCAGAUUAAUGGCAAGAGGAAAUACCAGGAGAUAGAUAGCACCGGCAGUAGUAGUAGCACUAGCAAUACCCCAGCAGUGACUGAAGCGGUACAAUAA